AUCAGUUUAUAUUUAAUGUUAAAUGACCUGUUUUUGUUUCUGGUAUUUCCCCCACGUAAAAGGAAAUUUUAUAAACAUAAGAUUUGUUUUCGACGGAGAUCAUGAAAGUUAACUUUUUGGACAAAUUUUCCUGUUUCUUAUAAUAAAGUUGGACUUAUAUGAAAGAAGAAAGUUAAAUAAAAGAUACACAUGGCUGCUGCUCUUGUCGACAGACCGUACAACGGCCAGCCAGGAACAGUUUGUUCAGCAUGCGGGGUUGACAUUAACAAGCUUUCAGUUCAUCUAUGUAACACGUGCUCUAAUUGUCAGAAGAAAUUUUGCGUUAGUUGUUACAAGCUGAAACAGAAACUAGAAGAGUCGUCUGCUGUCAAGUCAUCAGACAGAAAUUGUUUGGCGUGUGAUCAACUGAUUGCAAUAAAAAAGAGUGAACAUGGAGGAGUUCAAAAUGAACCUAAAGGUGAUCAACAAAGGCAGGUAUAUCCGGUCAAGCCUCCACGAGGUUUGCACGAUAUCAAUAACUUAAGAACUCAUGGCGAAGAAGGAGGCGGAGGUAUGUAUAGCCCACAAGAUAGUCGCCUGUUUGAAGAAAACAACUAUGAAUAUGUAAAUAUGAAUUCCAAUGAAGCACAAAAUAAAAAAAGAAUGAACUUAAGUGGAUCCAGUCAACUCAAACGUAAAAUAAAUCGUUUUGGGUUAUACUCAGUGUCUGACAUACCAUACAGUGAAGACAACAGAAAAAAACAAGAAGAAAAUGCUGCAGAAUAUAGAAAAAAUAAGACUGAUGCAACGAAUUUUGGACGAAACAAACAACAGAAGGGAUUGCCUUCCUCAGAUAGAAAAUUUAAAACAAGCACGCGCAAAACGGGAGACUACAACGAUUGGGAUGAAGAAAUAGAAGAGAGAAAACAAAACAGUGUACUUAAAAAUUUUCAAGCAUUCUGUAAUCAGAACAAUCCAGAAAAUGAUGAAGCAAUGAUGAAGCAGAGAAGAUUUGUUAAGAAUGAGAGGUUUCCGCCACAGUCAGAAAUGCAUUAUUUUGGACCAGAAGAAUAUCAACACAGUGAAAGCCCUCACCACUUUAGGGAAAAUCCCGUAGUAAGGUCUGAAAACAGUUCAGAUAAAUUCCCCGAAAACAGACAGUUUCAUAAUGAAACAAUACAUUACCCAAACUCAACCAAUGACUAUUCAAACAGGGGUAAAAGACAAUUUACAUAUUCAGAUAAUACAUUCAAUGACAGUAACAGUAGUGACUAUCCUGUCGGUCAAGGCAGUGAUUAUAGACAACCGGAGCGUAGAUUACAUGAACGCUCUCAGAGUACAGAAAGGAGAAGCUUUCCGUCUACAUGGCAUGACGGGUUCUACGACGAAGAUGACUUUGAAGACCUAGAAGACAUUCCAUCUUAUGACGAAAUUCCAUACGCUCUUAUCAUUACAGGAAACAUUGAUAAAAAGAUGCUCCGAAAAUCUCUUAAAAAGCAACAACAGCUAGACGCUUUGAAGGAGAUAACUGAGAAAUCCGGUAAAAGAACUAAUGAAAAAGGUACCCCAAAGAAUAAAAAUCAAGGACCUGUUACUACAAGAAUUAACGAAACAUGGACUGAAAGUAAAGAACAAGUUUCAGCAAGUAGAAAACUAAAUGAUUUCGGAGACAUACAGACUGGUGACGAUAGAAAUGACUUCAUUCACCCCGAACUACACAAUAUAGAUAAUAUGGAAUCACGCAAACCCGCAAAUGGCAAUAUCAAAAAUAAAAAAGAUGAAUCUGCUUGUGACUCAUUAGUUAAUGGAGAAAACGCUCCAGGCUGCCAGCUUCCACCUGAAAAUAUGAAAAAUAAGUCAAAUGAUUCAAAUAAAGUUGAAUCUGUCGGAACAGUAACAGGUCUAAAUUAUGAAAAAGGUCGAGAAAAUGAGUCAUUUAUACAUUCAGAAAAAGAAUUAUCUAAUUCAGCCAAUAAAAUGACAAGGACUUCGUAUUUUGAAAGCAGCAUUGACAAGUCAUCACCGGUAUCUAAUGAGUUUGGAAACUUGGUGCAGAGGAAUGACGAAGAAAAGGUUUUGGCAAAAAAUGAAGGAGGGAAAUCAACAAAGGAAGAAACACGUACGAUAGAAAGUGAAAGAGAAAUUAUUCGGGAGAUGCGACUGAAGAAUAUAGUGGCAAAGCAAAGGAAUAUUACGGACACUGUAUCGAAUGGAACGCACAUCCAGAAAAACAGAGAUCUUUCGUUUAAUCCAGAUAUGAUGCAUAAACCAGUUAAAUCAAAGGCUUUUAGAUCAAAGAUUCCAAAUUUUACAAGUGAUCAGAGUACAUUAGGUGAAGUAGCUGGUUAUAAUCAUGAGAACGCAGUAGAUAAACAAAUUUCAUCUAGAUUAAAUACAAAAAUAAAAUCACAACAAUCAAGUGAUGAUAAUGGAGACAAAAAGGCAGCCAAGACAAAAAAUCUUGAACAUGAAAAAGAAAAGGUUCUUACUAGAAAACUCAACGAUGAGUUAGAGAAACCAGAAACGAAAAGCAACACCAAAUGCAAUGGAAUGGACGAACCAUUUUCAAAAGAGACAAAUACAAAGUCUUCUGAAACUAAGAUUGGGAAUGAGGGUGGAGAAGAUGCACCAGUUGCGAUGAAGCUGUUGAGGGGACAACAUGGUCUAAAGAAACCAUCUAUGUAUGUGUCUAGUCAUUCGCAAGAAUCAGAAGAAAAAUAUGAAGAAAUGGUUGAGCCAUCCGCCAUGCGCCUUUUACGAAGAUCAAGAGAAGCAAAGAAUAAAAGAGGAAAAGUAGAAGAAGCUUUGAAACAAGUAAAGACAGGUAGUAAAUCCAACAAUUCUGAUGUUUUACCAUUAAUUGCUACACUCUUUGGCACAAUGCUUGGAGGAAGCUCUAGUUCCAUACCUAAAGAAAGUUCACCUAAAAUAACUGAGUUAGAAAGUAGUUCGACCAAUUCGAAUCCAGUGAAGCCAAAUAAGAACAAAAAUGUUAAACCAGUAUUAAAGAAAGACAAAGAAGAAUCGCCUACAAAGAAAAGUGAGACAGAAGAUAAAGAACAUGGCCAAAUUUUAGUUAUUGGGUUUACUAAACACAGAAAUGAAGAAGAGGGAUUGAAUUCAAAAGAGGAGGGAACAGAGACAUACCCUUUUAAGUCUGUAGCCAUCUUUAGCUUUGCAGAUAACCGUCAUAAAGCUUUCCAAAAAAUCAAGAUGUCGCAAUCUGAGGAACGUUUAAAAUGUACAGCAUGCGGACGGCCAGAAUGUCAAGGUUUUAAUAUAAAAAAGAUGAAGGAGAUUAUAAGGAUUGCAAAGCAAGCUGGUUUUGAAGUUCGUGACGUCAUUCCUGACGGUAACUGUAUGUUUGCUGCCGUUGUUGAUCAAUUGCAGCUAUACGGCGAUUACAAUUAUGGACCAAAGUCUCUUAGAGAAGCUGCAGUUACCUGGUUAAUUGAGCACCCAUACAGCGAUGAUGGAACACAUUUUUCAAGCUUUUUGGCGGAAGAUUGGGAUGUGUAUCUUCAGAGAAUGAUGAGUGAAGGUGAGUGGGGCGAUCACCUUAUUUUACGAGCUAUUGUUGAAACCAUUGGACACACUAUAAAAGUUCUAAAUGUCAGUGGUGAGGAAUCUCACUGGACAAUUCUUGAGCCGGCGACCAUUGAUGUAUCUAAAGAUGGGAUGCAUUUAGUACUAGGUCAUGUUGGGGAAUUUCAUUAUACAAGUCUUAGGCCAGCAGAAGAAGAAAGCAGAGCCUUCGUACAAGUUCCGAUGUCGCCAACUUCAGAAAAGUUUGUCAGUGAUGAUAACGGGCAAAUGGCCCUUGAAGGUACUGAGACUAUUGACAUGUUUCGAGAAGAUUAUAUAGACAUUUGGAGCGACAUGCCGUCUGCACAUUUUUCUUACUUACUGAAAAGAAUUAUCCCUAUAAAGAUCUUGGAUACUGCAGCUGUGAUUUCUUCACAAUAUAUGGAUAAAUUAAGCGAUGGUAUGGGGAUGUUGUUUCUCGAUGGGUAUGACACGGAAACAGAAUAUGCAGGCUCAAUUGUCGAAGGUUCUUACGUUCCUUACUUAAAUACAACGAUAAACACAGAUUCUAGUACUUAUGACAAAAUUGGCCUUGAGAUGUAUGCAGUAUUGAAGGAUUACAUUAUCAUUCCACACAAGUCAGAUGAAAUUAAUGACAAUAACAAGUAUAUAUGCGAGAUAGAAGCAACUGGUGUUCAUGUUGGAUACACAAAACUUUUAAGACAUCUUAAUGUUUCCGACGCGCAACACGGGUACUCCAAAUACGUACCACGAUUAAACCUAGUCGAAUCGCAAACCCCAUCAAAUGAUAACAAAUGCCUUGCUAUUCGAUGUCCAAUUUGGCCAGAAUGUGCGAACACAUGGGUAUCCCGAGUGAGACGAGAAGGAUGGCCUUCAAAAGAUAUCAUAGAGUCUAUCGCAUCGGACGGCUGUUUGAUCAUACCAAAUGCUCACAAAGAUAGCAAAUGUCCCAAUAUCGAGUGGCAAUUUUGGUUUGCCUUUAGCGAGAAGAAGUUGUUCAGAGAUGGUCUUUCGCUGUAUCAAAAGUACGGCUAUAUCAUUUUUUCCGCAUUUUGCACGCAAACUAUGCGCCAUUGCAAAUCCAUUACAUCUACACAUUUGAAAAGCGUCUUCUUUUACGCUUGUGAAAGAAUACCCACUGAAUUUUGGGAGUCAUGCCCUGGUGCAUGCGUAUUGUAUAUGUUAGAUGAGUUGCUUCGCUACGUAAAAACAAAACAUCUGCCGAACUACUUCGUGAGUUCACAAAAUAUGAUUGACCAUCUGGUGGAUAGAGACUUAUUAGAAAUCGAAGAACAAAUUGUCCUCCUUCGAUCCCAGCCAGUACUCUUUCUUAGACAAAUCAAUGAAAGUCUCCGAGAAAGUCCUUGCGGCAAUUCGAUUAUUGAUAAAGUCUCAGAUGAUUUUGUUAGGUUUAAGGAACAUAGAAGCUUAAAAAUGUCGACACUGGAGGUCUUUAUUCCAGCAACUAUCGACACAGCUCAUCGAUUUAUCAGAAACCGGUGUUUCGAGGAUGGAUUCGAUUACUUGUCUCAAGCGUUUCAAGAGCGCCUGUCUGUCAGUACAUGUGAUGAUUCUGUCCCAUUCCAAAUGUUUCUCUCAGGUGCCGUUAGUGGCCUUGAUCUUGAUACACUUGUUUGGUUCUCUGCAUAUACCGAUAGACAGUUAGAAGGACAGAUGUCUAAAUCUCUUGUUAGAGAAACAUGUGGUGAUUUACAUCUCGUGAAAAUUAAGGACAUUCUUCCAGCUAGUGUAGUUGGGUCCUACGGAGAUACCGAAGUUCCGUAUGAAUUUGCAAGAAAUCUUUGUACAUUCUGUCACGACUUUGCAAAAUUCCUGUUUAAGACGAACAAGUUGUCUGAAAUUCUUCCAAUACUCUAUCAUUGUCAUGACACGUUCGUGAAGAAAACUGAAGCAAUGAAAAAUGUACAAGUUACUGACUGGAAGAAUAGUAGAGAGGACUUGAAUACGGAUGAUUUUACGGAUGAGCCCAUGUUUAACAUAUACACAGCAAUGUUCAUGGUAUACAAGAAGCAACAUCAGGUUGAAUUUUUCCGCGCUGUAAUGCCAGUUGUUCAAGCUAUAGUGGAAAGGAUACAUACAAGAUGGGCAUACAGCUGUCUUUGUUGCAUAUAUACGGCGCUUGGCGAUAGUGCAAAAUGUAAAGCAAAUGCAAAUAUUUAUCGUCAGCUACCGGAAGAUCCAUUAGAAGAUCCUCGCGUUGCAGCAUUUUUGCACUGGCCAUCUCAAGUUUAUACACUAAAGUGAUAUAAAACAAAUACGAUAGAUACUUUGGAUUGAGGAAAGUUACAUCAAUAUGUAAUGCCUUAUGUUUAUUUUUGUGGUUGUCUACACAAAUAUAUUUAGCGCUAAACAGUGUAAAUUCAGUGACUGAUUUCACGUUUUAUGACGUGAAUUACUUGUUGUAAGUAAUCUGAUUUAAUCAUCUCUAAUUGUAUAUACAAGUUAAAUAUGUGUUGUAUAUACAUGCAGUUAAAGACACGGAUGAACGAGAAUUUGAAGAAUAGGUACUGUUGCAAUGCAUAAAUCGGUUCAUUAUUACAGAACCUGUGUUUUACUUUUAGUUACUUUUACAGAAAAUAUGAUAUUACUUGCAGCAUUCAAAGCCCCUAAAUGAGAGGACAUAAAGACGAAGCAAGGAAGAACGCGUUGUUAUUGUUAAAACAGCAAACUUAAGAAGUGUACCUUUCAGAUCAGAGUUAUAUUUAAGUUAGUUCGUUAUUCUUAAAGAAAACUGUUAAUUUGCUUGUUGAUAUUUACCUCUACAGUAACAUUUCAUGAAGUAUUAUGUUUAACACUGCUUUUAAAAGUAUGACCACGUAUUUAACUCGCAUAUCCUUUUAUGAUUGAUCAUUCUAUGUGUCCAUAAGUCUUUCAUCGCGUUUGUGAUCAACACAAUGGAAUCACGUUUUGUCAUAUGUGUUUGUUUGUCUCUGCGUACAACUAAGCUACCAUUGGUAUUGAAAUCAUAUAUAAGCUUGAAGCCAAUCAUUUACUACUGAUUAAACUUAAUCACACACAAAUUAAAGUCCCCAUAAAUAAUUUACAUGUCAUUUUAAUUACUCAAAAGCUUACUGUUAUAAUUUUCAAGAGGUUAAUUACUCCAGUGACAGUUUCUGGAGUCAUCUUUUUUUAACCUUAGUUUCAAUUCUGGUAAUAGGUACGCACACUUAUACCGUUUCUGGGAAUUAAUGUGCCUUUAAAAAUUAAAUUGAAAAAAAUCCAUUUACGUUUAUUUCAGCUUUGCAUUGUUGUAAUAAGUCUAGUAUAAUUAAUUUACUAUUUAUCGGCUAAUUGAUGUCCAAUCAUUAUUUUUAUGACAUGUAGUUGACUUCUAAUUUUGUUUUGAGAUGAAGUUGACUUCUGAUUUUGUAAUAAGCUGUAGUUGGUUGACUUCUGAUUUCGUUAUGAGAUGUAGAUGACUUCUGAUUUUGUAAUGAGAUGUUGUUGGUUGACUUCUGAUUUCGUUAUGAGAUGUAGAUGACUUCUGAUUUUGUAAUGAGAUGUUGUUGGUUGACUUCUGAUUUUGUUAUGAGAUGUAGAUGACUUCUGAUUUUGUUAUGAGUUGUAGUUGACUUCUGAUUUUGUUAUGAGAUGUUGUUGAGUUCUGAUUUUGUUAUGAGAUGUAGUUGACUUCUGAUUUUGUUAUGAGAUGAAGUUGACUUCUGAUUUUAUUAUGAGAUGUGGUUGACUUCUGAUUUUCUUAUGAGAUGUAGUUGACUUCUGAUUUUGUUUGAUUGUU